CACUAAUUUCUAAGAUAUAUAUUAGUAAUGUUCUUAGUUUAUACUAAAAAAAAAAAAUUCAAGAAUGAAAGAUUAUCAUUCAUUCAUAUAUUACUAUCAAUUUAUUUAUUUUUUGAUGUGGGACUUCUUAAUACAUCUUUCUCAUGUUUAAGACUUACUACAACUAAACUUAAAGUUAGCGAGAUUUGAUAUUUACAGGUAUUUUAAAAUAUUUGGACUUUGAUAUCAUAUUUGUACUGAUUACAACUCACACUUCAAAUCUAAAAUAAAAUAUAACUACACACUUGUAUUUUACUCUCAAUCACACUGAAUUCUCAAUGUGAUAUGAUAAACUAUAUGAUUUUUAUAGAAAUUAAAAUCUUGUUUUUAAAUAGAGGCAAGAUAACUUUUCCAAUUAUUAUAAGUGAUAAAGAUUUAACUGUAAGUCUACGAGACCUCUAACAACAUGCUAUCUUCAGGUAUCUCCCAUCAAAUUAAUCUACGGUAUUUCCUGACAAACAUUGAAGGUAGAUGAUACUGGAGAUCUCAUAUCCAUUUGGGAUACAGUUCUUUCCUCUUAAUUCCCAAUAAAAACAAACUAACGAAAAGUUAAUACUCUAGAAAGACAAAAUGGAAACAAAAAAUGAUAAAUAAUAGGGGACAUAUAAGUGGAAUCUGAUUUUUUUCAUGUGUGUGAGUGUCAAUGUGGGUGAGGAAUGAGGAAAAAGGUAGUGAAGACAGACAACAUCAUUUUCCUCAAAGAAAGCUAAGUCCUAGAAUCAUCACUCCAAUUCCCUUUUUUGGCCCCCCUUUUCUAUUUCUUGCUUCUUUGACCCUUCACUUAAUUACUCUUACCUACAUGCUUUUUGACACCUUCAUUACUCUCUAAAUUAACCACUCCAAUAAGUAAUAACACCACUAACUAAUUAAUCCAGCUAAUACCUCUGGACAUCAUUUAACAAAAGCUUAGUCAAGAAAAUAUAAUGAUACUUACAAAACCUCUUAUUUUCUUCUCUUUAAUUGUUCUUAUAAAGUGAUAUAUGAAGGGGAAAAAAAGAAAGGGAGAGCAACAAACUUUCAGAGCAAGUCAUAGGUUAAAAGCCCCCUAGCUUUUCUUCCAUCACUUUCAUUCCUCUCUUCUCAUUCUAAGUGAGACUUUCACAGGGAAUAUAAGAGAUCUAGUUCAGAUCUUUCAACUAUUAUCCCCUCUUAUAUCUUCUGAAAAUCAAUUCUAAACCCCAUCUCUUAUAGCUACAUAGAGAAACUCUGUAUACCUUGAAAUUUUCGAGAACAUGGGAAGUUACUACUACAGAAGAAAAUCUCGGAAACACAUCACUACUGUUGCCUUCAUCAUCCUUCUUCUUUUGUUUCUGUUUCUUUACGCUAAAGCUUCAUCGUCGUCCUCUCUUGAUAUUCCUCACCACUCAACUCAUGCAAGCUUGAAAAAACCUCGAGUUUUGGAUCCUAACCUUCAUGAUCGCAGUUCCAGAGAUGCGUCAAGAGGAUCGAGAUAUACUAGUGAAGGUGGUGGAAUUUAUUUUGAAGAUAACAAGAGAAGGGUCUUCACAGGUCCAAAUCCUUUGCACAAUAGAUAAUUAUUUUCUUUAAUAAGUUUUGUGAAAUUUUGUCUGAAUAAAACAUAUUUGUGAAAGAAAAAAAAACAUAUUUAUUUACUUUUAUCUUACUCUGCUAUACAUUACAUCAUACGUGAUCGGCCAUGACUUGUAACGUAUGUUCUAUGUGGAAGUAAGAGAUAUUAAGAGUGUUGAACAAGAGUCUUUGAAAAAUAGUAGAUAAUGCAUCUUCAUAUGAUAAUUAAGAUGAGUGUGUUCUUAGUUUAUUAAUAUUAAGCAUGAUUGUCUUA